AUGGGAACAUAUUGGGGACUUGGUUUUGGACUCUAUCGGAGGCAUGGACUGUUGGAGGACUUGGUGGCCCCACGUUGGGUCUGUGGGCCACCCCAGGAAUCAGCAUCUUUUUAUGGUGAAAGCUAUGUAGAGCUUAACAUCGUAGAAGUUUUCUCUGAAUUAUCUCUUCAGUUAAAAUUUCAAACCAGCAAGCCACAAGGAUUACUUUUUCUUGCAGCUGGGAAAAAUGACUACUGUAUAAUAGAACUUCUAUCAGGAAACUUACGGGUGAGAGUGAAUUUGGGUGCAGAUGAACAGUUGCUCCUUUCUGAGCAAAGACUUCGUAUGGAUGACUUGGUUUGGCAUAUAGUGGAACUGCACUGUGUUAAGGAUAAUCUCUCUUUGGUUAUUGAUAAACGUUAUGAGACAACUGGCCAAAUCACUGGUGGGAUGCACAAUUUGCAUUUUCAACAUGGAAUCUACGUAGCAGGCCACAGUGAACUUGAUGUCCCUUACCUAGAUGGAGAGCUCCCCAAUUUCCGUGGAUGUAUGGAGGAUGUGGUAUUUAACCAGAGGGAGAUCCUUACGUCCCUUAGAUCUUACCCUGGUUUUAAGAAAGUUUAUGAGGUGUCACUAGGGUGCAGUGAUGAAUUUUUUGCAGGGGAGGAUGAAGCCAUCAGUUUCUUUAGCUCCAGAUCCUAUGUCACCUUCCCAGAAUGGAGGGUGCAAGGGGAAGGGCUACUGGAAUUUGCUUUGCAGACUGGUACUCAGCAAGCCUUGCUUUUAUUUCAGUCAGGUAGAGAAGGAGAUUUUGUUGCUUUGGAAAUAGUUAAAGGUCUGUUGAAGGCUCAUGUAGGAAGGAGUAAAAGUAAUACUCAGCUCUCUUCUUUUAGCUUAGUUAGUGACAACAAGUGGCACAUUAUUCAACUCAAAUUCACUGGAAAGUAUCUGGACCUGAUGGUAGAUGGACAAGGGGUGAGGACGUUGCUGCCUUUGCAAAGCAAAUCAUUUGUAUCUGAAGGCCCCCUCUUCGUGGGAGGUCUUCAUAACCGGAAGGGAGAAGAAGUUAAGAGGUUAGAACUUGUCUCUGUGCCUAGGAAAUCUGCUGGAGGAAUCUCUUUCAAAGGGUGCUUAAGAGGCUUGGAAACCAAUUCAGAAAAGAGAGCAUUAAAGGAUGCCCUUGUUUCCAAAGACAUAUCUGCUGGGUGUAAAAUGAAGAGUAAUGGUAAUGAAAAUCCUUCCAUAACAACAACAGCAAACCUGCUUCAGUCAGAAGUUCCCCUGUCCACUGCUGUCCCUGAGGCAGGCAAGCCUUUGCUUCAAGAUGCAAGUAGCCGUUUCUUGGUUCUAAAUAACUUGGAGGUUCAAGAAGGUGGGCAAGCCUUAUUGGAACAAAGGCAUAUGAAGGUGGAGGUGGAAUUUAAGGAUUUGGGUAUCCAUCAUUCUCAAAUACUAUUUAAAAUAAAGGAAAUGCCUCUUCAUGGGUUCCUUCGAUUAGAUGUUUCCCCUGAGCAAGAAAAGGAGAAGGCUUUUACUGUGUUAGAUUUGGGGCAAGGAAAAGUUUGGUAUGUCCAUGAUGGUUCAGAAGAACCUAGGGAUUAUUUCACAUUUUCGGUCUCUUCCAACAGCAAGAAGGAAAUGCCGUUAUAUCCGCAAGGACAUGUUCCACGUGUGUUUAACAUUAUUGUCAUUCCAGUAAAUGAUCCCCCGUACCUUAAGCUCCCUGAGGGAAACUUGCUUCUCCUAUUUGAGAACUCUAAGAAAAGACUGACUCCAAAUAUAAUACACGUGUCAGACCCUGACACGGAUUCCUUGAGUCUUAGUAUUUCAGUUCUUGGUAACUUCAAUUCUGGUGCUGGGUUUUUAGAAAACACCAACGAUCCUGGGAGAGCCAUUAAUGGUUUCACACAUGGGGAUUUAAGAGAUGGCAACAUUUUCUAUGUGCACAGGGGCCAUCGGAACUCUCGGAUCCUUCUGAGAGCAAGUGAUGGAGAGCUGGUUAGCAAUACAGUGGUGUUACGGGUCAUGGCUGUUCCUUGGGACUUUAAAGUGGCCAACAGGACCGGUGUGGUGGUACAGCAGGGUGGCAUCGUUCUGAUUACACAGAGUAACUUGUCAGUGGAGGUUAAUGGUGAACGCCAUGAGAUAGAAACCUGCUAUAAUGUCACUCGUCCACCUCAGUUUGGCCAGAUUCAGUGGCAGGGAUCAGGUGGUGAAUGGGAACAAGUUAGUUCCUUUUCUCAGCAUUCCAUUGAUCGGGGUCGGGUCCGGUACCAUAAUACAUUCAAAGAAUUGCAGCUAGAAAAUGUAAUGGAUCACUUUAAAUUUAAAGUUAACAUAGAAGGGAAAAUCAGUGAAGAGCUGAUGUUUCCUGUUACUGUACAAUGGCUAAAGUUUACACUUCUGAAAAAUGUUCCUCUCGAGAUCAGUAAAAUGAACAGACAAGUAUUGACUUCUGAUCAUUUGCAGGCUGUGACAGAGGGUGUGGAAGUAGCUGAGAGGGAAUUACAUUUUAAGUUACUGACCCCCCCUAAGAAAGGAAAAUUGCUACAUGGCAAUAAAAUUCUAAAAACAAACUCAGUCUUCAGCCAACAAAACAUUACAGACUCUAAGAUAAGUUAUGAACCACAGGAGAGGCCCAGGGAAGACACACAAGAUACAUUUAGGUUCUUGAUUGUUGCAAAACACAUAGAAUCAAAAGAUUAUACUUUCCGAAUAAACUUUAAAGCAGAUAACAUGCACAUUAUUGUAAUGAACAGAGGAUUAUUUGUAAAAGAAGGAGAAGGGAAAUUAAUUACAAAGUCGGAAUUAUUUGCUCAAACCUUGGACAAUCAGACCUUCCAAUACAAAAUCACCAAGAGUCCUCAACAUGGGAAGCUGAAACUGAUUGGCUUUUCAGAUUCUCUGGGAAGUCAUGACAAUAUCACCACAUUUACCAAUCAAGACAUAGUGGGUGAGCGGCUGCUGUAUGUCCAUGAUGACUCGGAGACUCACUGUGAUGAAUUCCUCGUUGUGGCCUCCAGCACCGGACCAGGCCAAGAGGGAGUGAUGAGGGAUCUUGACACAGAGCGUUUGUCUACAGAAAUCAAAGUCACCAUUUCUGUCGAGUUAAAGAAUGAUGAGAAACCAGUGCGCGUGGUAGAUAAGGUCUUCCACGUUGUGCGGAAUGGCCAGCGCUUAUUGACCCUGGCAGAUCUCUGUUACCAUGAUCCUGAUUCCGAUUUUGAUGAUGGGCAAUUGCUCUACACCCGGCGGGGCAUCCCAAAUGGGGACUUGGUGCGAGCUGGUGACCCCACUCAGAAACUCUACCAGUUCAGGCAAGACGACCUACAGGAAGGGCAUGUGCUCUUCAGGCACCGGGGUGCAGACUUGGCCCGCUUUGUGCUGUUUGUGACAGACGGCGUCCACUACACGUCCUCCCUUCUUGAGGUCAGUGUGUCAGACCCCUACGUCCGGAUAGCCAACAACACGGGGCUGCUGGUACAGAGAGGAAAGGACAGCAGCCUCACAGCAGCCAACCUCAGUGUCACCACAAACCAAGAUGUCAGAACGGACCACGAGAUCGAAUUCCACAUCGUGCGCCCCCCGAAGCACGGCAGAGUGCUGGUCAACAACUCGGUGUCCCGCUCAUUUUCCCAGCAUGACGUGAAGCAAGGACGUGUGAUUUAUAGGGGUGACGGCAGUGGCAACUUUGAUGUCUUCAACCUGACAGUGAAAGUUAAAGAUACAUGUUUAGAAGUGGGUGUCUAUGUGCGCCUGUACUUGGAAAGCCACCAACAUCACACCCAAAUUCUACACAGCAAGACCCUUGUAGUUGAAGAAGGAAAACCAGUAAAACUGAGUAGAGGAAGGCUCCAGGCUGUGCAUGAAGAUAAUGUUCCUUCAGAGGCAAUGUUCAUUGUCAGAACUCCGCCAAUGCAUGGAUACCUCCGAAAAUCUUUACCAGAAGAAAGCAGCUUGGGUACGGAUGAAAAGUCCCCUUUGACAUUUACACAACAAGAUAUUGAUGAUGGUAACAUCCAUUAUGUGCAGACUGCACCUGACCAACAAGAGGACCGUUUUUUACUGGAUGUGAUGAAUGGUUUCCAAGCUGUGAGUGGAGUUGAAAUCUUGGUGGAUAUCAUCCCUAAGUGGAUUCUUCUGGAGAUACAGAAUUUCACAGUCCAAGAAGGUGGUUCCAAAGCACUUCUGGAAGACUACCUCAAAAUUCCAAGCAAAUAUUUUAAGGGACUUGACUGUGAAUUUGUUCUCCUCAAACCACCAAAACAUGGUUAUGUUGAAAAUUCUCAUUUUCCAAGAGUAAAGCUAAUGAAAUUUACCAGGAAACAGGUGGAAGAUGAAUUGAUUUACUACGUUCAUGAUGAUAGUGAGGAGCUUCUUGACAAUUUCACCGUCUUUGCAAAUAGCUCAGAGCUUGGAAAACAAAGUUUGCCCCAAACUCUUUUUGUGACUGUUGAAUCAGUAAAUGAUGAGGCUCCAGUAAUAACAGCCAAUAAAAUCCUUCAGGUGUGGGUGAAUUCUGUCACUGACAUUACCAGUGGUGACCUCUGUGCAGAGGAUGGGGACUCCUCCCCGCAGGACCUCACCUACUGGGUCACUCCACCGAGCAACGGGCAUUUGGCUCUCAAGUCCUUUCCUGGACGAAGUAUCCAGAACUUCACCCAGGCUCAAAUCAACGAGGGCCAGCUAGUGUUUGUCCACACUGGAGCAAAGUCAGGAGGCUUUAAUUUUCAGGUCACUGAUGGUUUGAACUUGGCACCGCGACAAAUUUUUAGCAUCACAGCUCAAGCUCUGAUCAUUAGCUUAGAAGUAAACAGAGGACUGAGCAUCUUUCCAGGUUCCAUGAAGCCCCUUUCAUCUUAUGACCUGAGAGCUGUGACCAAUGACAUGAACAGUGCAGGAAACAGAACUAUAACUUUUACGAUUGUAAGUUCCCCUAGACUCGGAAGGCUGGUGCGCAUGAAUUCUGACAACAGCACAGAGGAUGUUUCCGUGUUUACUCAGAAUCUGGUCAGUGAACGGCUGAUAUUAUACCAGCAUGUGGACCGUGAGAACACUGGCUGGACUGCAGAAGACUCGUUCACAUUCAUGGCAUCCUCCCCGCCAGCAGCUCUAGGCCCUGCAGAGUUUCGUAUUACUAUUUCAUAUGAAAUUAAUGAACCUGGUCAGCAGAGUCGUCUGCUUGCAAAUACAGGAGCUGCUGUCGAGGAGGGAGACAAAGUUCUCAUUGACCAAUCUAAGUUAGAUGCUUCCAACCUCUUAUUGAAGUUGCCUGAAUCUCAGCGCUCUUCCUAUGAAAUUUGGUUCCAAGUUACAUCUCUUCCUCAUCAUGGAACCAUUAUGGUUGGAGACAGAAAUAUUACCAAAAGAAAACCCAAUUUCUCCCAGUAUAUAAUUAAUAAAUUUGGAAUCACAUACCUUCACGAUGACUCUGAAUCACUGGCUGAUAACUUUACCUUUGCCGUUUGGCCAAACCAAAAGAGCAAGCCCGCCACCAAGCCAGAGGCUGACUUUCUUGAAGAGAUGUUUAACAUCACCAUCUCUCCUGUUAAUGAUCAGGCACCAGAAUUAAAGACAAAAGAGCUUCGGUUGAAAGUUCUACAGGGCAAUAGGUUGGUUCUGGGACCUGAAAACCUGAAAGUGGAAGAUCUAGACAGUCCUCCAGAGGAGAUCAGAUAUAUGAUCAUCCGUAAUCCUAAUAAUGGCUUUUUGUCAAUGGCUCACCAUUCAGACACACCUGUUCACCAUUUCACACAAGCCGACAUUGAUAACUCUCAGGUGUGGUUCAUACAAGAUGGAAGCCCUUCCUCUGGAGUGUUUUACUUUAGUGUGACUGAUGGCCAACACCGCCCACUCUACAAGCUCUUCCACCUGGAUGUCAUCCCCAUCUCCAUCACCCUUGUGAACCUUACUGACCUACUUCUUCCACAAGGCCAGACAACUGUCCGUAUCACCAAUGCUCACCUAUCAGCAAUGACCAAUGGGAGGAGCCCCCAAAUCACUUACAAGGUAACAUGGCCCCUCCAACAUGGGUGUCUGCUCAUUGAAAAUCAGGCGGUCAUCAGCUUUGGACAGGAGGAUCUGGAUUCAGGAAGGCUCUCUUACCACAUGACAAACCUCACUGCCUCAGACGACCACCUACAGUUCUCACUGUUUACAUCAGAAAGCAACCUGACAGGACAAACACUGAGCAUCAGAGUGCAGCCUUUACUGCGUAUUAUGUCAAACCUGACAAUUGCCAACAGAGUGGCUCAUACGCUGAGAAGAAAGGACCUUGAUGCUACUGAGCUUGCUAAUAGAACUAACAGUGACCCAAAAUUUGAAGUGACAGAACCCCCCGUCCAUGGAAGACUUGUCCGAAGAGUGAGCCGUGGCCCUAUGAUGGAAGAUGCAACUCUCUUCACUCAAAGGGACAUUGACCAAGGACUGCUGAUGCUUGAUCCACACGCCAAUCUAACGGGUACCAACGUGCUGAAUGACUCCUUCACUUUUUUGCUCAGGGCAGACCACGUACAGCCAGCGAUAGGCUAUCUCCCCUUUACCAUAGUGCCACCUAACCCCUUACUUUUGCAAACUUUUACUCCUGAUGUUUCUUUAUUAGUCACUGUAGAUAACCUUGUGACUUCAGAUCUCUCUCAGGAAAAGUCUUUGGUUUCCUCAAGACCCACAACACAGACAGAAACUCUGGGGAAGCAGACCCAGACCAGACGGCAGGAAGUAGAUCCCUGGGGACGCCACAAUGGUAGAGAGCCUACUAUGGAUGGCAAGCCCUCUUCUACCAGGGUCAUUUGGCCACCAGAUGCCAUGAAAGCCAGCCCUGGGGCACCCACCCAGCCCAGGGAGACCAGUUACUCUCUGGUGGUCAUCGUACCUAUGGCUGCCGUGGUCUGCCUGCUGAUAGUAACUGCAGUGGCCUUUUGUGUCUGGCUGCUGGGCCAGAAGGUAGAAAAGGCAAAACCUCUUAUCAAGCCCCAGACCAACCUGGAACCUACAACCCCGUGUCCAAGGCCGGAAAGGGGCAUAACUGUUCCCACCGUUACAGUGACGCCCCUUCUAAAAGGCUCCAGCAGUCCCCCAGUCAGUCUUUUCAGGGCCCCUCAAUGUGAGCAAAUGGCCUCUCCAGUCACUGAGCCAGUGGAAAAAUGUGGUCCUUGGGAGACAUGGGUGAAUCUGGAUCCUGACAUGGUCAAGCUCUGCCGACAAACCAACCCAAUGCUGAAGCACAACCAGUAUUGGGUAUAA